AUGACUACCGACUAUCUUAUCCUCGGAGGCGGGCUCGCUGGCUGCGUCGUCGCGACUCGCCUGAAAGAGUACAACCCAACUGCGACCGUGACGUUGAUCGAGGCAGGCCCCAAUGCCCACGGCCAUGAAUGGAUGAUCGAGCCCAUGGGCACCUUUAAACUCCAUCUCAGUGACUUUGAAUACAAUUACUUGACCGUGCCACAAAAGCAGUACAAUGGCCGUCGCGUCUUUAUUACCGGCGGAAAGCAACUGUCCGGGUCUAGCUCGGUCAACUAUGCUAUGUGGACACGCGGGGGCAGGGAUGAUUAUGAUUUGUGGUCCAAGAUCGUGCAAGAUGACAAAUGGAGCUACGAGGGCUUGUUGCCGUACUUUCGCCGAACAGAGACUCAUCAUAUUGAAAGCGUCGAUCCACGCCAGCAUGGUUCGGACGGUCCAAUCCACACCACUGCCUCGGCUCGAAAAUACCCACUGAAGGAUCUUAUAUGGGAUGCUUUCUUGUCCACCGGACUUGGCGCUACAAAGGAUGCAAACGGUGGUAAUCCGCUAGGUGUUGCGCCCUACACCGAGAAUUGGCGUGAUGGAAAGCGUCAGCCAUCUGGAAAAGCGUACGGUUUGAAGGGGGUUGAUGUUGUCACUAACACCUUUGUUCGACGCAUAAUAUUGGAAGGAAAUGUGGCUGUGGGAGCAGAACUGAUUGAUGGUCGUGUCAUCAGAGCCAACAAGGAGGUUAUCCUCUCGUGUGGUUCCAUUCGCAGUCCGCAGCUGUUGCUGCUGUCCGGAAUCGGACCCAAGGAGGAGCUGGCCAAACAUGGUAUCGAACAAUUAGUUGAUUCACCUGAUGUUGGCGCAAAUUUCAACGACCACACGUGCCUAACUUUGUUCUACAAGGUGAAAGACCCUGAACUGUCGAGGGUUGCCGGUGCCGCAGGUUGGACCGAUCCCAGCUAUCUGCGUGGUAUACCAGCAGAUGUCGUGGUUACAGCGAAUGCAGACAAAGAAAAGCUCAAGGAGGCACUUAUCAAAGAUGGACACCCCAAUGUAGAUGAUUCGCACCCACACUUGGCGCCUACCCGUGGACAUAUCGAGAUUUUGCCCAUCUAUGCGCCAACCGAGGCACCACAUACAAAUCUGAACGUCCCGUUUGACGGCACUUGCAUGACGGUUGGCGUGCUCAAUUUGCUACCGACAUCUCGCGGUUCAGUGACUCUGGCUUCGACAGAUCCAACUGCCGAUCCGUUGAUUGAUCCAAACUACUAUGCCACCGAGACAGACCGGGUGAUUUCCCGGCAAGGCGUGCGGCUGGCUCUACAGGCGCUCGAGUCUUCGGCCGGACGGCAGAUUGUCGAUGAAGAGUUUCUGCCCCCUGGAACGGGCAAACAACUUACUCAACAGAGCACUGACGAGGAGAUUGACGACCGAAUGACACGCUUCGCGGCUACUUGGUUCCACCCCACUGGAAGUUGUUCCAUGGGUAAAGUGGUGGACACCAAUCUAAAGGUCAAGGGUAUAGAAAACCUGCGUGUUGUUGACGCGAGUGUCAUGCCCUGUCCUAUUGGCGCGCAUUACCAGGUUGCUACCUAUGCUAUUGCCGAGCAGGCUGCAGAUAUCAUUACCAAGGGUCAGUGA